AUGUACGUUCUUCACCCAUAUCACCUUCACCCCCCCCCCCCGGGGGGCCCCACCGUCUACGUUAUUAUUUACCUUGAAAUGAACAUUACCCGUGUUGUGUUUCUACGUUAUACGCCGCUCGAUCAGUAUGGCCGUGAUGUGCGCGAGAAGCAGCAACUCUCAUACUCUAAGUGUCAUUUCAUCGAAAACAGCUCCGACUUUCAAGAGGAUCCACUCAUCACUGAAGCUCUACAACCAACAUCUUUGUGCCACAUUGCCUUUUGCUUAGCAGCUAUGGCAACCAAGAACAAGCAAGACAACAAGUUGCCUGCUUCUGCUAUCAUAACGUACAACCUGACAAUGCUUACUGUGAAAGAGAUGAUGAAGAAUGUGAGGCUGCAGGAGGAAAAGCAUGCAUAUAUGAAGCUGAGCACCACAAAGAAAUUUGGUACAUGGAAAGCACAGCUUUUACCACUAGCCCUUGUAUCUGAAGAGGAUCACAAAGAGAUGUUGACUCAUGCACAGAAGACCAAGGAGCCCGAUGUGUUCAUCCAUGUGCAUGCUAUAUCAGAAGCAAGGAAGAUGAAGAAAGAGAACAAGGAUAGAUUGAUAUACUCAAUAGAUGAAAGUGAAUGCUCUGAUGAUAAUGACAACAGCAAGAAGAAGAAGAAGAAAGCAAAGAUGAAGACUCUGAAAGCUUCAAAUAUCAAUGUCAUAAACAUGCCCAUCAAUGACAACAUUCAUGUCACAAACCAGGCUGUAGGAGCUCCUGAUGCUUCUCUGACUCUGAGGAUGGCACACACUUGGAGCUUGGCAAUGCACACUUUGAGGUAUGGGCAGCUGUGA